AUGGCUCAACAUGCCCCAGGCUCUAAGCCUGAUUCCACUCAGCGAAGCCGUCCCAGCAAAAAGCCAUCGGCGUAUAUGUUCGACUCGAACGGCGAUACUCGGAUCAUCCUUAGCACGCACCUAGCCCAGACCUUAAAAUGGGAGGCAGAUAAAAUCUGGAUAGAGGAAAAAAAGCUUCCGAAGGCAUACUAUAAAAUGAAGAAGCGCGAAAUGAAGAAAUGGAAGAGACUGCCACCAGCGCCGCGGGAGUCUCACGUUGCAGCCUCAACAUCGCUAGGAGGCACUACCAGCGCGCCUCCCAUAGACUGGGGUAAAGUCGAUUUGUCAGAAUUCUUGAAUGCGAGUGAUUCUCCUCCGGAAAUCGCAGAUGGAGAUGAAACAGAUCCAGGUUGUACCGUCCCUGGAACGAACGCCGACAGCACAAGCCUGCAAAUACAGGACUGGGAAUAUGGAGAAACAUGCAGACCUCACCUUAAAAGGUUAAAGCUUCGAAUGCUAGUCUCAGGAAAGCACCUAGAGCUGGCUUCGCCUAUCUUCAAAACAAUGGUGACUGGCCCUUUCGCAGAGGGAAAGACCGAUGUAUCAGGUUUUCGUCAAAUAACAGCCAGUGAUUGGGAUCCUGAAGCUUUCAACAUCAUCCUGACUAUCAUGCAUGGCGUCGAACCAUACACCGACAUUUGGCUAGAAGGCUUGAGGUCAGAGGUACCGACGGUUUAUGGACGCGACUGCAUUCUUUGCCUAUUCAUGUCCUGGGUUUUCUCAGAACCAACUACCUUUCAAAAUAUGACUGAGCUGGCAUUGAGGCACAGUCAAAAGUUAAUCCAAGCGGAUUUCCCAAUUUCAGCCGAUAUUCUGGAAGAGAUCGACAUAGCACGUCAAAGCGCGCUCGCCGAAAUCUUCUCAGGUAUCUAUGAGCUCCUUGAUCGUCUACAAGAAGAACAAGAAUGCUCCUUUGAGUGCUCACCUAUGCUCCUAGGUGUCCUAACGAAGGAACUCAGAAAUCGUGGUAUCCUAUACCCGCGGGACACCCCGCCGUUCGAUGGCUUCAGUAUCGAAGGUAUUAAAGAGAUGAUAGAGGGGCUGAAAAGGCCUGGGUGGUACGGCACCAGGAACCACAGGCAUUCCUGCUGUCUCCAGGACAAGCUGUUCAUAUAUGAGGCACAGAUGGAAAGCGAUCUGCGUAUCUUCGACCUGCAGGACUUUCAACCUACGAAGAAUCACAAGCGUGUCUAG